GUUACAAACCGGUGGAUUAAGACAUGGACUAACUGCUUAAAUUUCCAGCAAAUACGAUCAAAAGAAUUCGGAUGUUGCAGUCUUGGUUACGCCAUUUGGAUUUUGAUGCACUAAUGUGGCUUAGACUAACAUAAUCCCCGUCAAAAACAAACAUGGAUGGAGGACACGCUUUGCGACACAUUUUUCCGAUGGAAACGUACAAAGUCUUCAUUGGUCUGAUAAUUCUGAAAGGCUACACCAAUGUCUCGAUUUGCCCGCAAGAGUGCGCUUGCGGGUUGGACGAGCGAGGUCGCAUCAUGGUCAAUUGCUCUCGCGGCGGCAUGAUGGAUCCUAUCCCCAUCCGUGACAUGUCGCUAGAAACUGAGGUGAUCCACAUAUCAGCCCCCGCGUGGAACCCGAACUCGCUGACGAUCGGUCCUAUCUUCCAGCAGUUCAAGCGGCUGGAGGAGCUGCACAUCACGGACUCGAACAUCCCGGCCAUCGGGAUGCACUCCUUCUGGGGGGUGCAGACCCUCCAGGUGCUCGACCUCCGGCGGAACAACCUCACGGCCAUGCUCGACCACAACUUCCGCGGCCUGGCCAACCUCGUCGAGCUCCGGCUGGACGACAACCGCAUCGACUCCAUGCACAGCGGCACCUUCAGCUACCUCCUCGAGCUCAAGGUCCUCUCCUUGGCUCGUAACAGGCUCUCCAAGCUCGCUCCGAGGCUCUUCCUCAUGCUCGCCAAGCUCCAGCAGCUCGACCUCAGCCACAACCAGAUUCAGGAGCUUCACCCUGAGAUUUUCAAGGAUGUACAGCGGCUGAAAGUGUUCCGGUGCCGCGGGUGCGAGAUCGGGCGGAUCAACCGGCAGCUCUACUCGAUCCUCUCCGAGCUGACGGUGCUGGACCUGGGCCUGAACCACUUCAAGUACAUCCUGGCCGACGAGUUCGCGGACCUGCCCAAACUGAGCGAGCUCUACCUGGACGGCAACCAGCUCUCGGUCAUCCUCGACGACACCUUCUCCGAGCAGCUCCACCUGCACACGCUCAGCCUGGCCCGCAACCGCCUCGCCAAGAUCACCGCCAACGCCUUCCGCCACGCGAGCCGCAUCCGCGAGCUGGACAUCGGGCAUAAUAAGUUGGAUAUCGUUGAGACCGCCACCCUUGCCCCCAUAGCCGAGUCCCUCAGGAGUCUCACCCUUGAUGGAAAUAACUUCCGUCUUGGUGUCUUGAAGAACAUCUUCCAGGUUGCUGGAAAGCUCCGACAUCUUUCAUUGGCUGACAUGGGUCACCACGAGUUCCCAGUUGGAAUUUUUUCGGGAUUGGACCAUCUGCGAUCUCUUAACCUGUCCAAUAAUAACUUGGUCAAUCUUCCCUCACUAUCUCUGGCGUCGACGCCGAAGCUGGUAGAGUUGGACCUGUCCCGGAAUCGGUUCCAAGGUCUCGACGAACGCUUGAUGAUCAGAUUGGAUUCCCUGGACCUGAUUCACCUCAGUGGGAACCCAUGGUCCUGUGACUUGUGUCACAUAACGCCCAUGCUACAUCGUCUCAAUACGAGCAAGGUGAGCUCGAUCCCGAUCUGCACGUGGCCGGAGGACCUGGCGGGUCGGGCGGUCUCGUCUCUGACGCCGAACAUGCUGUCCUGGUGCAGCAACAGCAUCCUCUCGGGCGGGCGCGGCGACGGCCUGGCCGGUCUCUCCCUCGUGCGCGAGACCCAGCUCGGGAUGUUCGUCGUCUUCGCGGCGGCGGCCGCCCUCAUCCUCGCCGGCGCCGUCGUCGUCUUCGGCAUCGUCUACUCCAAGCAGCACACCGCCUACUACUACACCAACGAGGAGAAGCGCCGCGCCAUGCUCGAGCAGACCAAGCCCAAGAAGGUCUCCAUCGCAACCAUCGACGAGAUCACCAACGACCCCGAGCUCGGCAUCCUCGCCAACGGCACAUGACGGUUCGCCAUCGCGGACACGCCGCUCUAGGACGGGUCCGCCUGCGUCCCCCAGGACAGGAUGCAGAUUGAGGCUUUUCACCGCUAUCUCGGUAGCGGUGGGAGCUAUGCCUUCGGAGCUUCGUUUUCCAACGCUAAGUCUGAGAUGUUCUUCUGAAGAGAUCUAAUUUAGUGGAGCACCCGUUGUUGGACUCCAUUAG